CGCCCGGCGUGACGUACUUCCGUUUCCAGCAACUUCUGCACCCGGACGACAAACGCAGGAGCACCGCGCCAGAAAGCCAGCAGCAGCUAGAGGCUUCUAGAAACAACGUGCACCGGGAAGAGUCGCCGGCAAACCGACCUGCUCGCCGCACACAACAUCACAGACCUCAACACGACGGGCUGACCAUGGCUAAAUGGGGCGAAGGAGACCCUCGUUGGAUCGUGGAGGAGAGAGCCGACGCGACUAAUGUCAACAACUGGCACUGGACUGAACGAGACGCCACGUCCUGGUCGUCAGACAAAUUAAAAUCCCUGCUCCUGGGCCUGAGAGUGGAGAACGACGACGGGAGCUGUGAGGUGACGGAGGUCAGCAAGGUGGAGGGAGAAGCCUCCAUCAACAACCGCAAAGGGAAACUCAUUUUCUUCUACGAAUGGAACCUGAAGGCCACCUGGAUCGGAGAGUCAAAAGCAGGAGUCAAGUAUACCGGAACCAUCGAGGUUCCCAACCUUUCUGACGAGAACGACAUGGAGGACCUCGAUAUUUCUGUAUCGUUGAACAAAGACGAACCGGAAACUCCUCUGACCAACCUGAUGAAGAAGAGCGGAGCGGAGAAAAUCCGCGAAGCUCUGGGAAGCUACGUCGGGUUCUUAAAAACAGAGUUCACACAGGGAAUGAUCCUGCCGACAGCCAACGGAGUGACAAAGUCCACGUCGCAGUCCAAAGCCACGGUGGACAAUACUCGGAUUUCCUCCUCCGGCAGCACAGCUGCUCCCGUCAACACUGGCGUCAAGAUCCCCACCUGCAAAUUCAGCAUGAAGGAGAAGUUCCUCACCUCCCCGUCUGAUCUCUACCGGGUCUUCCUCAACCAGGAGAUGACUUCGGCCUUCACACACGCCGCAGCGGUGGUGGACGGAGAGAAAGGCGGAAAGUUCCGUCUGCUAGAUGGAAAUGUUUUUGGUGAAUUCACAGAACUGAUACCUGAUGAGAAAAUAGUUAUGAAGUGGAGGUAUAACAACUGGCCCUCCGAGCACUACGCCACCAUCACCAUGUCGCUGUGGGACCGCAGCAGCGAGACGGAGCUGAAGGUGGAGUGUCGCGGCGUCCCGGAGAACGAGGAGGAGCGGACGAGAGAGGGCUGGAAGAGAUACUACUUUGAAGCCAUCAAACAGACUUUCGGCUUCGGGGCGCGACUCUACUGAAGCAGCUCCUGCUGAAGCUUCCACAGUAGAAGCAUCUCCUAAAUAAAAAAUAAAAAUAAAAAAAAGCUCCUAUAGUAAAAGCUUCUACCGAAGAAGCUCCUACUGAAGGAGAAUCUGCUACUGAAGAAGCUCCUCCUACUUCAGAAGAAGCUCCCACUGUAGUCGGUUUUUUCUCCUCGUUUUUGGGUGUUUUUAAAAUCCUCGGGUCUUUUUGGUGUUGGACGUCACGUCGUGAAACUCAAAGAGACGAUGAGGAGAUUCCACCACGGAGCCAAGUGUAAAUGUUUUAAUUUUUUGACGUAUUUAAAUCUAGACACCCUGCCCCCCCCCCCCUUCAGUAUUCGGUCAGUUGUUCAAAAGGAGCGUGAAUGGAGCCCGCCUUUGGGAAUCUGGAUUCCAUAAAGCAAAGCAGAAUCUCUUGAACCCCUAAUUGGCCUCCACUUCUAUAAAUAUGUAAUUAUUCAAGAGUUAAAAUUAAAUGUUUGGGUUUUCUUUUACUGGGGAAAAAAAAAUCUAUAUAAAUGUUUUUUUUUCUACUUAUACUCUUUUCAAGUGUAACUGUAGUGAAGAUGCAUGUUUUCAUUUCGAGGGCCACCGGGUCUGAACUUCACUGGUGAAGUCGUCGCUUUGUCACCAGAUCGGCUGAACUGUCGCUAAGCAGCUAACUAGCGUGGCAACGGUUUGCUAUAUUAGGCUUUAUCCUGUUCAUUUUCAGAAAAAAUGGUUUUCAGAAUGAGACAAGUCUAUUUAUUCAUUAUUUCACCUCACGAUGUAAAAAGAUUAGUUUCUUGGAA